GGGCGACGCUUGUCUUGAAGCGGGAAGGGAACAGUGGGGAGGGAAGGACCCGAGGGUCAGGCUUGAUCAAUAGCGGGGGGGUUUAGCGACUGGUACCCACUGGUAGCGUGCUGCAGGCGUGUGUCUCGCUGUCGGGUGGAGAUACACAAAGGUCAUGAACCAACUGCCCGGUGCAGUCUGCCCGUCCCAAUGUCCGAAUGGGGACAAGAGCCGCCAACAGCAUCCCCGGGCCCUGUCUGUGCUCCGUGCCCAGCGGUGAGGAUGGGGCCCAGAUGGAGACGCACAUUCCAUGGAAGAGGGAGAGAUAGAGGGGGAUGGGGAGGUGUGUGUUGGUGAUUAGGUAGUAGGUGUUGUUGGUGGUGGACUGAGGGUAAGUAUUGCUGAUGUGCAUCUGCAUUCAUUCACCCAUUCCCUCAUUCCAUCCAUCUUAUUAAUUACUCUACCUACCUUCAUACCUACCUUACCUGCUCCCAUUUCCAAUCCCGUUCCCCGGGUAAAAUUAAUGACUCGGCCUGCCUUGCCCUGCCCUGCCCUGCCCUGCCCUGCCCGCCAACUGCCUGGUCCUUGUACUCCUCAACGCAUUUCGUUCAACAGAGCUGGAAACAGACGGCCCAGCCCACCUACCCAGCAGUACCUAUGGCUCUCACCAACCACCCCGCAGCAGCGCUAAUAGCACGCGCUCUCGAGGCCACUGGAGCAACUGCCGCGACUGUCUUUGUCGCUGUGGUGGCGCUGUUCGUCCUACCCACCAUCAUCCAGUGGUACCGUCUCUCACAUGUUCCCGGGCCCAAGCUGGCCGCCAUCUCCAAGUACUGGCAAGUCCGCGAGUCUAUCAAGGGGACGCUCCCUCAGGUGCUCAAAGAGCUCAACGACAAACACGGCCCGCUUGUGCGUAUCGGGCCCAAUGACCUCGUCACCAGUGACCCCGAUGUGUUGCGCAAGAUGAUGGCCGUCAGGUCGCCUUACACCAGAGGACCGUGGUACGAAGCUUGGCGCUUGAAUCCCACGAGAGACAAUCUGUUUUCUAUGCGCGAUGAGGUCGGCCAUACGGCCUUGCGCAACAAGAUGGUUGCCGGUUACUCGGGCAAGGAAAAUCUGUCCAUGGAAAGCACCAUCGAGACUGAGAUUGCUCGUCUGAUCGACCUCAUUGAGAGAAAGUACAUCUCCACCCCCAAAGACUAUCGUCCCAUGGACUUUGGUGAAAAAGCCCAGUAUUUUACUCUCGAUGUCAUCAGCGACCUGGCCUUUGGCGAGCCCCUGGGCUAUCUCGAAAAGGAUGAGGAUGUUUACGAUUACAUCAAGAUCACCACGGCAUCUAUCCCGGCCAUGUUGACCCUCGGAAGUAUUCCUACACUAGCCAACAUCAUCCAGUCUCGCUUUCUUCGAUGGCUGCUGCCCAAAGAGACCGACAAGAUUGGCUUUGGUGCCUUUAUCGGUGUGACCAACCAUGCCGUGGCUGCUCGCUUCGCCCCGAAUGCCGUCCCUCAGCAAGACAUGCUUGGUUCUUUUAUUCGGCACGGUUUGAACCUCGAAGAGGCCCAGGGCGAGGCCGUCUUGCAGAUUGUGGCCGGGUCCGACACCUCUGCCUCCACCAUCCGCGCUUUCAUGCUCAACAUUUGUACCCAUCCACCGGUUUACCAGAAGCUCCAGCAAGAAAUCGACGAGGCCGUUGCCAAGGGGAUCAUUUCCUCUCCCAUCAAAGAUGCCGAAGCGCGGCAGCUUCCUUACCUCCAGGCGGUCAUCAGAGAGGCCAUCCGUAUUCUCCCUCCUGCUGGUGGUGCCUUUUUCAAGCAGGUCCCUCCUGGUGGCGAUGUCAUCUGCGGCAAGUUUAUCCCUGGUGGAACCCAAAUAGGGUCUUCCCCGCUUGCCAUUCACCACAGCAAGAAUACAUUUGGCGAGGAUGCCGAAACAUUUAGGCCAGAAAGGUGGUUGGAAGCGGAUGAGGAUCAGUUGGAAAAAAUGAAGGCUACUGCAGAUCUGGUCUUUCAUUAUGGAAAAUGGCAGUGUCCCGGCAAGACUGUGGCGCUGAUGGAGUUCAACAAGAUUUUUGUCGAGUUGCUGAGACGAUAUGAGUGGUCCGUCAUCAAUCCCUUCAAUGCUGCCAGAGUUAACAACGCCGGCGUAUGGAUGUUUGACGAUUUUUGGGUGCGUGUAACUCGACGCGGGCAGUAGUGGCUCAUAUGUUCAACUGUAUUUGAAUAGCGAGGCAUAAUUGCGAGUUAAAAUCGAAUUGAUAAAACUGACAAUGACUACGUGU